CAGAACUGAGCUAUCACAGAAAAAUUUCUCACUUUCUGUUAAAUUUUGUUGUAAUCAGUUGUAUUUUGUGAUAUAAUUGAUUGUGGUGUGUGUUUGUGUAUAAAAAAGUUCACCAGAACAUAAUUCACGUGAAGCGUAGAAAGUGAUAACCACGGAAAGAACAAAAUACAACACGAAGUGCGGCGGCGUCUAUUGUGUGUGCAAGUUUUGCAGUGGUUGCCGCGCGUUUCAUUUACCGAGCGAACCAGUAAAUUCUUAGCAUCAAAAUCGAAGCACGCGCACCACAACAACAAAGCAAUCAUGGAGAACGGCAGCAAAGGGAUGUCAAUCGAGCAGAUGUAUCAGAAGAAAUCGCAGCUGGAGCACAUCCUUCUGCGUCCCGACUCGUACAUUGGCUCCGUUGAGUAUACCAAGGAGCUGAUGUGGGUGCACGAUUCGGAGCAGAAUCGUAUGAUUCAGCGUGAAAUUUCAUUUGUGCCAGGUCUUUAUAAGAUAUUUGAUGAGAUCUUGGUCAAUGCGGCGGAUAAUAAGCAACGCGACAAGUCCAUGAAUACCAUUAAAAUUGAUAUUGAUCCGGAGAAAAAUAUCGUAUCAAUUUGGAACAAUGGACAGGGUAUUCCGGUGACCAUGCACAAGGAGCAGAAAAUGUAUGUGCCAACUAUGAUAUUCGGUCAUCUGCUGACCUCGUCCAACUACAAUGAUGAUGAGAAAAAGGUCACUGGUGGUCGCAAUGGCUACGGCGCCAAAUUGUGCAACAUCUUCUCGACCAGCUUCACACUAGAAACUGCUACAAAGCAAUAUAAAAAGAGUUUCAAACAGACCUGGGGCAAUAACAUGUCUAAAGCUUCCGAUCCAAUGAUAAAAGACUUUAGUGGCACUGAUUUUACCAGGAUCACAUUCAGCCCAGAUCUAGCAAAGUUUAAAAUGGAUAAGCUCGAUGAGGAUAUUGUAGCGCUGAUGUCGAGACGCGCCUUCGAUGUGGCUGCCUCAACAAAAGGUGUAUCUGUGUUUCUCAAUGGCAACAAGGUGAUGGUAAAGAACUUCAAAGAUUAUAUUGACUUGUUUAUAAAGAAUACGGAGGACGAAGUCGGUCAGCAAGUCAAAUUAGUAUAUGAGAAUUGCGGCGAGCGCUGGGAAGUUGCAUGUUGUCCAUCGGAUCGUGGCUUUCAGCAGGUGUCUUUUGUCAAUUCAAUUGCAACUACCAAAGGUGGUCGUCAUGUUGAUCAUGUGGCGGACAAUGUCAUUAAGCAGUUAAUUGAGGUGCUUAAAAAGAAGAACAAGAAUGGAAUCAACAUAAAACCAUUUCAAGUGCGCAAUCAUUUGUGGAUAUUUGUCAAUUGUCUAAUUGAGAAUCCCACAUUCGAUUCACAGACCAAGGAGAACAUGACACUUCAGGCCAAAAGCUUUGGCUCUAAGUGCGUACUAUCUGAUAAGUUCAUUACCAAUUUGUCCAAAGCAGGCAUUGUUGAAUCUGUGCUAGCAUGGGCCAAGUUUAAGGCUCAGAAUGACAUUGCCAAAACUGGUGGCAAAAAGUCGCAUAAAAUCAAGGGUAUACCCAAGCUGGAAGAUGCCAACGAGGCAGGCACAAAGAACUCCUUACAAUGUACUCUUAUCCUCACCGAGGGAGACUCGGCCAAGUCCUUGGCGGUUUCCGGCCUGGGCGUCAUUGGUCGCGACUAUUAUGGCGUGUUUCCGCUGCGCGGUAAACUGUUGAAUGUGCGAGAAGCUACCUUUAAGCAGCUUACCGAGAAUGCAGAAAUCAACAAUCUGUGCAAAAUUAUUGGAUUGCAGUAUAAGAAAAAAUAUCUGACCACCGAUGAUUUGAAAACUCUGCGCUAUGGCAAGGUAAUGAUCAUGACUGAUCAGGAUCAGGAUGGUUCCCAUAUCAAAGGACUGCUUAUCAAUUUCAUACACACAAAUUGGCCGGAGCUGCUGCGCUUGCCCUUCCUCGAAGAGUUCAUUACACCCAUUGUGAAGGCAUCUAAAAAGAAUGAGGAAAUUUCAUUUUAUUCGCUACCCGAAUUCGAGGAAUGGAAGAUGGGCACACCCAAUCAUCAUACGUACAAUAUCAAAUACUAUAAGGGUCUCGGUACUUCGACAUCUAAGGAGGCCAAAGAAUAUUUCCAGGAUAUGGAUCGUCAUCGCAUUCUAUUCAAGUAUGAAGGUCAGGAGGAUGAUGAUAGCAUUAUGAUGGCUUUCUCUAAGAAACAUGUCGAUUCGCGUAAAACCUGGUUGACCAAUCAUAUGGACGAGGUAAAGCGACGCAAGCAGUUGGGUUUGCCAGAACGCUAUCUGUACACUAAAGGAACUAAGCAUAUCAGUUACGCGGAUUUCAUCAAUUUGGAACUUGUGCUCUUCUCCAAUGCUGACAACGAACGAUCUAUACCAAGUGUUGUAGAUGGAUUGAAACCAGGCCAGCGUAAAGUCAUGUUUACAUGCUUCAAGCGUAACGACAAACGUGAGGUGAAGGUGGCCCAAUUGUCGGGCUCCGUUGCAGAAAUGUCUGCAUACCAUCACGGUGAAGUAUCCCUGCAGAUGACCAUUGUGAAUUUGGCACAGAACUUUGUGGGAUCCAACAACAUCAAUUUGCUGGAGCCACGUGGUCAAUUCGGUACACGACUUACUGGUGGCAAAGAUAGUGCAAGCGCUCGUUAUAUUUUUACGCUAAUGUCGCCAUUAACUCGACUUAUAUAUCAUCCAUUGGAUGAUCCGUUGUUGCAGUAUCAAGUGGAUGAUGGUCAGCGCAUUGAACCUUUAUGGUAUAUUCCCAUUAUACCCAUGGUAUUAGUCAAUGGCGCUGAUGGCAUUGGCACCGGCUGGUCCACUAAAAUAGCCAAUUAUAAUCCACGUGAACUUAUUAGCAAUUUACGUUGCAUGAUAAACGACGAGCCGCCAUCACCGUUGACUCCAUGGUACAAGAAUUUUAAGGGGACCAUGGAGUCCGUUGGCGAUUGUCGAUUUGUUCACUCGGGGAACAUUCAGAUACUGCCCGAUAAUCGCAUCGAAAUUACUGAAUUGCCCGUUAGUGUGUGGACACAAACAUACAAAGAGAAUGUGCUCGAAGCGCUGUCCAACGGCACUGAGAAGGUCAAGGCAAUAAUAUCCGAAUAUCGUGAAUACCACACAGAUACUACUGUACGAUUUGUCGUCAGUUUCAAUCCAGGUGAAUUUGAACGAAUCCGUGCUGAGGAUGGCGGAUUUCAUCGCGUAUUCAAGCUCAGCAGCUCCAUAUCCUUAAAUCAGAUGCAUGCAUUUGAUGAGAACAAUUGUUUACGUCGUUAUCCCUCACCUAAGGAAGUACUCGAAGAUUUCUACAAGCUACGAUUGGAAUAUUACGUUCGUCGUAGGGAUUACCUGUUGGGCCAGCUAACGGCUCAAGCGGAUCGACUUAGCGAUCAGGCGCGUUUCAUUCUAGAGAAGUGCGAAAAGAAACUGGUUAUUGAGAAUAAACAGCGCAAAAUGAUGAUUGAUGAGUUGGUGAAGCGUGGCUAUCGUCCAGAUCCAGUCAAGGAGUGGCAGCGACGUAUUAAAAUGGAAGAUGCCGAAGCGAACAAUGAAGAAGAGGAGGAUGACGAGGAAGCCGCAACAUCCACUUCUAAGGCCAAAAAAGAAGUCGAUCCCGAAAAGGCAUUCCAAAAGCUCACAGAUGUUAAGAAAUUUGACUAUUUGUUGGGCAUGUCCAUGUGGAUGUUGACUGAGGAGCGCAAAAAUGAGUUACUCAAACAACGGGAUGCCAAAUUGGAAGAACUCGAUAAUCUUCAAAAAUUGACGCCGAAACAUCUUUGGAUGAAUGAUCUUGAUGCGCUCGCACAGAAACUUGAUGAGGUCGAGGAAAAGGAACGACUCGAUGAGCAAGGCAUGAACUUAAAGCAGGCCAAGUCCAUGAAGGGUCAAAAGCAAGUUAUCGGCAAAGGAAAGAAGGGAAAGAUCGGUAGUGCUGGCGGUGAUAUUUUCCCUGAUCCAAAAGGAGAAAGGGUCGCAUUUAAGAUCACUGAGGAACUGCUUAAAAAGUGGCAACCUCCCAAGGAUCGGCCAGUCAAGGUCAAGGCUGAAAAGAAACGGGGCCCCGAUGAUGUCGACGAUUUCGAUGCACUAGUCGAGGGCGGCACCACAAAGACAUCUCCCAAGGCAAAGAAGGCGCCAGCUGUUAAAAAGGAGCCUGCCGAGAAAAAACCACGUCAAAAGAAGGAAAAUGGUGAUGGUCUUAAACAGGCUAAGCUGGACUUUACCAAGUCCAAGGGCAAGAAGCAAAAGGAUUUGAGUGACGACGAUGAUUUUGAAGAUGAAAUUGCAGUGGCACCACGCGCUGACCGUCCUGGUCGCCGUGCGGCAAGCAAAAAGAUUAAUUAUUCAGUUAUUCUUUCGGAUGAUGAGGAUGCCAAUGCUAAAUCUUCGAAUGACAACGAUGAUAACGACGAUGCGUCCGAUGACUCCCCCAUCAAGCGUCCCGUGAAACGUCAACGCGACGGCGAUAGCAGCGGAAGUGGCAAGAAGGUUGCACAAAAGAAGCUUCGCACCCUUGAAAGUGAUGAAGACGAAGAUGUCGCUUAUGUGGAUGAUGAUGAUGAUUCCGAUUUUGAAGCAUAAGCAAAACAUCUCUAUUCAGGCUGUAUUUAAUUCCUUACGUUUUUUAUUUGUUCAUCCCGUUUUGUAUUUGUGGUCAACGUUUAUUUUCAACAAUUCUGGUUUAUUAUUUCAAAUAUUUAUCAAAACCACAUUCACGUGAAGAAGGAAGCAACACAUUCGGAUUGUGUUCAUUUAUUUGAAUGAUUAAGUAAAAAGUAUUUAUAAUAUACCAAUGCUAUUUAGCAUAUAGGCAACAUCCAUUCACAUCUUAAUAUGAAUUACCCAAAUCGGGAAACUUUUAAUUUUUUUUUAAAUUUUUGGUCGCAAAUUAGGUCACGUACUUUAAUCCAUAUUGUGUAUCAACUUCACAACAUUCUUCGAUUGUAGUAGUCUUAACAAUAAAGCGAUAAUCCACCAGCAAAAAUUACAAUAUUAUAAUACAUAUAUAUUAUCUUAAUCUAACAUAUAUAUAUAUAUAUAUAUGUAUAAAUAUAAAUCAUGUUUUAUAAAAGUAGUUUGUAGUCCUAUACAACCUUUUUUAGUGUAAAUAAAUUUAUUUUACUU